GUGUGCUACACGGGGGAAGGCGUACUUCAGGGUACAGUACAGGGUUUACUAUACGUUACAGGUGACGUGAUGCCUCAGAAUGAUAUGAACUAUGAGGGCAGAAGAAGAGGAAUGCGUUACGGUGCCUGUAAAGCCAACGGCCAGGUCAGCGGUCACGUCCCACACAGAGCUGUGGUUAAUGGAGCCGUUGUUGACGUCGGCUCCCCGGAUGCUACCGCCAGAACCAGCAAGAGGACACCAGCUGGCCCACUGAAUGGUGCCAAACCACAAUGCAUGGUUAAUGGUUAUAUUAACCAUGGGUGCAAGGGCAAGAGUGUGAAAGCACCGCCGCCAAGGACACUCAGGAAACAAGGAAGCACAAAUUCAGCUGUCACUGAUGCCUCAGCAGCUCGCUGUGUCAGUAGUGCAGGCAUUCCACGUAGUAUCGCAGUGAAUGGGGACACCAGUCUAGACGCUGUUGCUUUGCCCUCUAAUUCUGACCAAAAGGCACCAGAGCCCAGCCCGUCUGCAGCAGCUAAGAAGCCGAGAAGAUGGAAGAAAUUCCUACCUAAAAUGAGAACAUACAGAACAGAGGACAACCAACAGGAUCAUUGUAGAGCCUCAACAAUGCCACCACAAGAGGAGGAGGACUGGGAAAAGGAGAUCCAAGAGGUCACACUGACUGACUGGGAGAAGAUGUGUUUUGGCAACCUACCAUAUGGUCCAGAAGAUUUGCUCCAUUUUUCUCUGCGGGAUUUGACACUUAAGCAAAGGGACACAGGUUACCUGCCGGUGACAGCCAAUUACAGCCCAACCGUACACCACCCACGCCCUGUCCGAUGGUCCUCCUACAACAUGCCCACUGUGCCAGAGCAGUUCGCAGACGCUGACGAGUAAGCCGGACAUAUGCUGUGAGGGGAUUGGUAGAAAUCAGUGAUCACAUACCAACAUUACUAAGGAGUUCUGUUGUAAAUGUAGUUAGCCCAUAUUGUUAGAUUUUCCAAUUUCGGGGAAUCUGGAUAGUAACCAUGCUCAGAUUAUUUGUUUAGUCAGUGUCUGUCUUUUUUUCCCCCUCAUCUAAAACGUUAGUGGAAGAAAUUAAACUUACUCUAGUUUAGCAUCAAAAUCAAAUGCUGUUAAUGCUGUCACGGGUCAGAGAGUGUAGGGUGGAUUCUAGGUUGCAGUGAGGUUAUUUUUUAUUAUUGUAGGUUUUAUUUUAUCAUUUAUAUUGAGAUUUUAGAUUUGUUUUAUAUCGCGUCAUAUUAAUUUGUUAAGCUUCUAUGAUCUUAAGGAAUGAUUUUAGCUAGCUCUCAUACUUUGCUGUUGUACCCUCUUUAGUGACUGUUGUUACUGAGUAUGGUCAUGCAUUUGCUGUUCUUCCAUUUAAUAUCUUCAUAAUUUUGCUAGUCUUCCAAGAACUGAAAUAAUAAUUUUUAUCUAAAGGUUUUUUGUGUUUUUAAAAUGCCUGAAAUGGGAACACUGUUGUCAUAAUAAGUUGCUCUUUCGAGCUAUGCGAUCAACUUUAUUGUUUAUAAAUUGCACAUUGUUCACAGCAAAUGAAGUAACUAUUUUAAUUUUGGGCAGCCAGCCUACCUGAGAAAUUAUGGUUUAAUUAUGUAAAAACAGCAAAUCGUUAUCUGCUUGUUCAGACCUUCAUUUUCACAACCACAAUAAAUCCAAUUUUCUUCUA